AAUUAGGCAGCGGGAGAGAAAGCCACAGAGAAAGAGAAAGAGGCAGGGACUGACGGCUAGCCCGCUUCAUUAAAUAUCAAAAACAUCCAAGAAAGAGCGCAAUUUGGGAAACCAUAAACUCACAUAGAAAAGAGGGAAAAGGAUCAUCCGUCAUUUCACCUCAAAUAUUUUAAAAUCUGCUGCGGCUACCCCUGUCACCUGUCCUGCCAUGCCCCGCUCAUUUCUCGUCAAGAGUAAGAAGGUUCACACCUACAGUCAAUACCAGCGCUUUGCUGAGGACGAGUGCAUCAUGCCACCCACCUGUACAGAUGUGAUGCUGUUGCCAUCAGAGGAGGUGAAGGGCCCAGAAAACGCUAAGCAGACCCACUACUCAGGAUUCACCUUCAUUAAGCAGGAGCACAAUCCAAUGAGUCUGAUUAAGACCGAAGAGCAAUCAAGAGAUGGGAACCCUUAUGAUCGUGAUGUCACAUGCAGUCCAGGCCAUCCCUCCCAACUAUACUACAAGCCAUCCUUCCCUUGGGAGUCUUUGCAGUCCGCCUAUGAUUUUCAUCAGCUUUCCUGCAACUUUCAGUCUGGUCUCCUUCAACACGCCAGCAGCUUCUACCAGAGCCACCACAAAGGGGAACAAAGUGCCCAGUCACCUCUGGAUUUUAGCACCCGCUACUCCCCAAGCUCGGAGACAUAUCACUGUAUCACCUGCAGCAAGAUGUUCUCAACACCACACGGGCUAGAGGUCCACGUGCGGAGGUCACACAAUGGCUCUCGACCUUUCAGCUGCAGCAUCUGUCGGAAGACUUUUGGCCACACGGUGAGCCUGGAGCAGCAUAUGAAUGUCCAUUCACAGAUCCUCUCAAGCACUAUCAGGUUGGAUGGAUACCAUCAGUGCACAGCUGUUUUCAAGUCUCUCUGGACAUGUUUGAUUGAGUUUAUGUCAAGAACCUUCACUGAGUUGACCAUGAGCCACCCCUGUGUUGUCUUUGCUUUGUGCUUAGGGUUAUUGUCCUGUUGGAAGGUGAACCUUUGUUCCAGUUUGGUGUCCAGUACUCUAAAGAGCAAGUUCCAAUUAAGGAUUAAUAUCUCUGCACUUUCUGACAUUAACUGGAAGAAGGUUCUGUUGCCUGCUGAGGCUUUUGGCCAUUAAGCUAAAUGCCAUGUUACACUGCACACUAUCACAAACACACCAUCCCCACUGUAGAGCAUGAUAGUGACAGCAUCAGGCUGUUGGGAUUGCUUCUCUGCAUCUGGCCAUGAAAGGCCCAUGAGGGGAAAAAGUAAAAGCAUCAAAAUACGGGGAAAUCCUGGAGGAAAACCCAAUGAUGUGUUUUUAGCUUGAAGGCAACAACCCCAAGUUACACAGAAAUGGCUUCAAAACAACAAUGUGAAUGUCCUGGAAUGGUCACAUCUCAAUACAACUGAGAAUCUGUGGCUGGAAUUGACAAAGGCUUCUUGCUCUCCAUGACACCUGACAGAGCUUGAGCAGUUUACAAAGAAGAAUGGAGAAGAAUGGCAAAGCUGAUAGAGAAAGAGACCUAAGCACAGACUCAAGGCUGUCAUGGCUGUCAAAGGGCCGUCUACUAAAUACUGACUGGAAGGCGUGAAUUCUUAUGCAGUCAACUAUUUGGUGUAUUUUAUUUGUAACUAACCGUUUCCCCGCGUAGUAGUGAAACAGGACAAAGUUUAUAAAUAUCAGAGGCAAGGUGGUGAGAGGUAGAACAGCUCGAACGGAGGCUGGCGCGUGAGUGAGGAGGGCCCCACCUGGCUCCCUACUCCUGAGUCAUGUUCCCCACUCCCCUCAGCCCACCGCAUGUUACAUGAAUAAAUCAAUCCUGUAAGCGAACUAUGAUUCUUAUCUCAA